GUUAAUAUGGCCGCCUCCUUGUGCACGUGAAACCGUACACAACACAAGUGACACACUUUGAAGCUCGAUCGAGCAGCUGAUUUGACGGUUUGUUGCCUGCCAAAGAAUCCAAUUUAAACUGAUUUCAUGGCAAGACGUUUUCGCCGGAAAGGGAAGAACCCAAAGGGCCAGCAUGGCCAGGGCCAAGGACAACAUGGGCAAGAACGGCGAAAGAAAUCGGGAGGCGAACAAGGAGACACGUCUCAAGGACAGCAGCAUGGAGAAGAAAAUGAUGUGUAUCACAGGUACUCCUAUGGGCCCAUAGAGAAGAAAAAUGAAGCCUUUGAGAAGUACUACAAGAAUCAGGGUAUUGUACCAGCAGAGGACUGGGACAAGUUCAUGACUGCUCUACAAGAUGAUCUGCCUUUGACGUUUCGCAUUACAGGUUACAGAAGUCAUGCCCAGCACAUGUUGAGCUACUUAAAGGGGCACUACAUUAAUGCGUUGCUGGCUGACAAGACUGCAGAUGGUGAGGCACUGGAACGUCCCAAACCAAUGUCUUGGUAUCCGGAUGAACUAGCUUGGCAGUUUGGUGUGACUAGGAAGAGUAUUCGCAAGAUGCCCGUGUACAAGAAACUCCACGACUUCCUGGUCACUGAAACAGAGAGCGGUAACAUCAGUCGGCAAGAGGCUGUAAGCAUGAUCCCACCGCUGCUACUAGAUGUGAAACCACACCACAGAGUGCUGGACAUGUGUGCAGCCCCAGGCUCCAAGACAGCACAACUCAUUGAACUGGUUCACGCUGAGCAAGUCUAUGGAUGGCCUGAGGGUUUUGUGGUAGCGAACGACGCCGACAACAAGCGUUGCUACAUCAUGGUGCAUCAAGCCAAGCGGCUCAACAGCCCCUGCUGUAUGAUCGUCAAUCACGAUGCUACUGUCUUCCCGACGAUCCGAGUGCCGCAGAAAGAAGGCACGAAGAUGACCAGUAUGAAAUAUGACCGGAUUCUGUGCGAUGUGCCUUGCAGUGGUGACGGGACUUUGAGGAAGAAUUUCUUGAUAUGGAAGAAGUGGACGCCUAAUAGUGGUUUGAAUCUUCACAUUGUGCAGUACCGGGUCUUGCUGCGCGGUGCUGAGCUGCUGGAGGUCGGAGGUCGUAUGGUUUACUCCACCUGCUCGUUCAACCCGAUUGAGAACGAAGCCGUGGUCGCUAGCGUCUUGCAAAAAGCCCAAGGUGCCCUUGAACUGGUUGAUGUAUCUAAUGAGCUGCCUGGCUUGCAAAGGUCGCCUGGAUUGACCUCAUGGAAGGUGAUCAGCGAAACUGGGGAAGUGUUUGCAAGCCCGGAAGACAUUCCAGAGGACAAGAAACAAAAAUACAAAGCAACUGUCUGGCCGCCUUCAGAAGAAGAAGCAGAGAGUUUACAUCUGACCAGAUGCGUGCGAAUCUUGCCCCAAUACCAAAACACCGGAGGUUUCUUUGUAGCUGUCUUGAGGAAAGUGGCGCAUCUUCCUUGGAUGAAGCAAAGUCGUGCCGGAGAGGAACACGUCCAAGCCAACAUUGGAGCAGAGGCUAGUGCGGAUGCCUCCAUUGCAGUCACGGGGGAGCCUUCUGAGACCAGGGAGGAACUCGUGGAUGAGGAACCGGGAAAAGAGGAACCUUUAGAUGCAGACUCCACGAAUGCAGAAUUUUCCGAGGAACCUUCAGAGACACCAGAAAAUGAGAAAUCGUCCGAGAAUAAACCAGACGAGAAUGAUGCAAAUGCGGAUAAUGAGGAGGGACCGUCGCCCCCAAAGAAGAGGAAGAUGUACCAGGGUUACAAAGAGGAUCCUUAUGUUUUCUUCAAGGAGGAUGACGAGCAGAUUUGGCCUCAGAUUAAUGAAUUCUAUGAAGUGGACGACAAGUUCCCGCUCACCCAGCUGCUGACGCGCUGUCACGGCGGAAAGAAACGCAACCUCUACCUCGUCAAUAACGGCAUCAAGUCAAUGCUUGAGAACAAUGAGGGCAGCAUAAAGGUUAUCAACUGCGGAGUGAAAGUAUGGAGCCGUAGUGAUGCCAAGGACGUGCCAUGUGACUUCAGAUUAGCCCAGGAAGGCAUCCACAGUAUAUUCCCCUAUCUAUCUGCGGCUCGUAAGAUCAACAACCUUACCAAGGAUGACGUCCGAACACUACUCUCCCAGGAGAAUCCUUUCUGCUCUAAGCUAGAUCAAGAAGCGAGAGAUGCAGCUAACAAGGCUUGCCAAGGCAGUUUGAUGUUUGUCUAUGAUCCAAAACAGAGAGAUCCUGAAUCCAACGAUAUGUCUUUGGUUCUCGUUGGCUGGCGUGGCAAGGCCUCAGUCCGGUCCUACAUCCCCAAGGGAGAACGCCAACACAUCCUGCGCAUGUGUGACAUCGAGAUCCCUUCUGACAGUACCGCUACCCUAGGCAGGGACGAUGACAAAAGUGACAGCAGAGAGGGUGGCACACGGACUGGUACAAACGGUGACAAACCGUGGCCCAGUGCCAGCGAGUUAAGACCUCCGGGUGUCGAAAGUAGCGACGCUGAUGGCGACGCAGAUGGUGGGCGAAACCAACCCGAAGAGGCGGCGAAAGCUGAUUAGACAGACAGUGACAAUAACCCAGCCAAACAGGGUGGGAAUGGGGUGACACCUACAGUGAUACCUACCUCGAGAGGAACUUGCCUCCAGAGGGUGCUAUUGCAGAUGGC